AGCUUCGGAGGUCUAAAAUUCUUCCACUGCGUAGCUCUAUUUGCAGGAACUAUCGAUACUAGUUAUUUAGUCAAAGGUAAUAGCUCUUUUUCAGGCAGCAGAAUACGUCUUAGCUGCUAAACUAAUCUCAUCAUACUUUCAACAAUCCGUGCUCUUCUCUAAUUCCCUUCGUGGGUCUCUCCGAAAUUGCGGUUACUUCUUAAAUUGGCUGCUCAUUUCCCUGUAUUUGCACCAGAUUUUUGUCUAAAGCUCGUAUGAUUUCAAGAUCCCCCAGCUGUUCGAUCUUGUGUCUCAGAGACUUUUGAGUUUAGAAACAUAUUCUCACUUUGUUCAUUUUUCAGAAAUUCAUACACCCAAUUUGGCUUGAUCGAAUUUCUUGAGUUGAUAACUUGAUUGAGUUCUUCUCUGACUAGUACAAAUGUCUAUAGAUGCCCUUAUUCAAGAGUAUCCUGUUACUAUGAAUGGUUCCAAAUUCAAUCACCAAUCAAUUUCAGCCCUUCCAGAGCAAAAUCAUGUUAAUGGAUACAAAUUUGAUCAUGGGUUUAAGGAUCUAUCUGUUAUUUCAAACGGGUCAAUCCCUGUUGAUGACACUCCCUCGGAAAGAAAUACUCUCGAGGACCCGGACAGUUCCGAUGCAAUCCUCAAGUACAUAAACCAGAUGCUUAUGGAAGAGGAGGACUUGGACCAUGAACCUUGCAUGUUCCAUGACUGCUCGGCUCUUUUGUCAGCUGAGAAAUCUUUCUAUGAUGUACUUGGUGAGAAGUACCCCGCUUCAUCAAAUCAACACCCUUCAUGUGCUCUCAAUCAGUAUUCUGGUGGCCCAAGCGCUGAUUCAACUGGGGCUUGCAGCAGUGACAAUUCAACAGGUGCGUUUGAGUACUCCCUUGUUCAAUCAUCUCGUGUUAACUACUCGUUUGAGUCUGUCCGGCAGAAGAUGCCUUAUCUUGGUUCUUCAAACAGCUUAUUUCCCGCUGUAAAUGGGCUUGAGGACUCGUAUGGGAGUCCAUUUUUGUCUCUUGAUUCACCUAGUAAGAACCAAUUUGACUUGCAACCCAGCGCAGGAAAAGUGACCCUCUACCACCCAAAUGAUAAUAAAUUUAGUUUUGAUCUGGAAUCAGAGGACAAGAUUUCAGAAGUCUUGGAGGAGGCCAAGAAGAAUGGCACGGACCAUUCACCAAAUGGAUCAAGGGGAAAGAAGAACCAUCAUCGAGAAAGUAAUGAUUAUAUAGAAGAACAGAGUAACAAACAUUUGGCGAGUUAUGCUGAGGAAUCUGAGGAAUCAGAGAUGUAUGAUAAGACGUUGCUCUGUGAGGGUUUGUUUCGCGGGUUACACAUCGAGUCCAAUAUGUGUGACUCUGAUGAAGGUUCGCAAUAUGAAACAAGAAACAAGUUGAAGCAGAGUGAAGGAUCCAAGCGAGGCAGGCCGCGUGGUAAAAAACAAGGCAUCGGAAAGAAAGUGGUGGAUUUGACGAGUCUCCUAACUCAAUGCGCAGAAGCCGUGGCAAGAUAUGACCUCAGGACUGCUAAUGAACUGCUGAAGCGGAUUAGGCAACAUUCUUCUAUUUCUGGUGAUGGCACAGAAAGGUUGGCCCAUUACUUUGCUGAAGCUCUUGAAGCACGCUUGGCUGGUACUGGGACUACACUGUAUACUGCUUUCACUACCAGCAGGAUAUCAGCUGCUGAAAUCUUAAAAGCUUACCAGCUGUAUAUUACAGCAUGCCCAUUCAAGAAGAUGUCAAUUCACUUUGCAAACAAAUCCAUUAGAAAACUAGCUGCUGGAGCAGCAAGGCUUCACAUAAUUGAUUUUGGCAUUCUAUAUGGCUUCCAGUGGCCCUGCCUUAUCCAAACACUCUCUGAGAGGCCUGGUGGUCCUCCAAAACUUUGCAUCACAGGAAUAGAUCUUCCCCAAUCAGGUUUCCGACCAACAGAGAGGGUUGAGAAGACAGGGCGGCGCCUCGCAAAUUAUUGCAAGAGAUUCAGUGUCCCAUUUGAGUACAAUGUCAUAGCAAUGAAAUGGGAUACAAUUCAACUUGACGAUCUCAAGAUUGAUGGAGAUGAGUUGCUUGUUGUCAAUUGUUUGUAUCGGCUAGAGAAUGUGCCUGAUCACACAAUAGCAGCAAACAGUCCAAGGGAUGCUGUUCUAAACUUGAUCAAGAGGAUCAAUCCUGAUUUGUUCAUCCAUGGAGUUGUUAAUGGGACGUACAAUACCCCUUUCUUCGGGACACGAUUUAGAGAGGCGCUGUUCCACUUCUCCGCUCAGUUUGAUAUGUUCGAUGCUACUGUGCUACGUGAAGAUCAGGAUAGAUUGCUAUUUGAAAAAGAGGUCUUUGGAAGGGAUGCCAUGAACGUCAUAGCUUGUGAGGGUACCGAGAGGGUUGAAAGGCCAGAGACAUACAGACAGUGGCAAAUUAGGAAUGUCAGGGCAAGGUUCAGGCAGCUACCACUUGACCAAGAGAUCGUAAAGGAUGUAAGGGGCAAGGUGAAGUCUCAUUACCACAAAGAUUUUGUAGUGGAUGAAGAUGGCAACUGGAUGCUGCAGGGAUGGAGGGGGAGAGUCAUCUAUGCUCUCUCCUGUUGGAAGCCUGUCCAGGAGUGAGAAUACAGCGGUGUUAUUACAGCUUAAGAUUGAUGAAUCAUGGUGCUCCACUGCCAAAGUAUUUUUUGAAACCCAAGAAAGAGUACUGUGCCCUUAGUCAUUGACCUCUAUAUUUUUUGCAUGUUUGUUAUACUGUUGGAUGAACUUAAUUCUCAUAAUAUAUGGAUGUUCUAGCUCUCUGUCCCUUCAUCACCAGCUAAUAUCAUCCAAGUUGCUGCCUGUUGAUUUUCACCAGCAAGGGUAGGGUGAUGUUGGGUUUGUGUUGUGUUAAAAUGUUCCCAAUUGAGACCGUUCUUGGCCAAAUGUGUCGACCUCAUUUUGGAGCUUCAAGGCAGAUCCAUCUGCCUGGGUUCGGGUUUCAUUCGUGAGGUUUGAAUAAUAGAGUUUCCAAAUCCCUUGUGACUAGUCUUUGUUAUGGGUUGUUAAGCAUUUUACAAGCUUUUAAUAAACCAAGAAGCUUUAGAAGCUUCUGGAUUGAACCUUCUGAUAAUUUACUGUUUUAUCUAGGCCAAAUGAUGAAGCUGGUAUGGGUUUAAUAAGAACCAUGUUUGUUUCCCAAAUCUGAUAGAUUUGUUGGGUCGGUUUUGUUAUUUUUUGUUGGCUUUGACUUUGUUAUAUUCUUAUUCUUGCAAUUUGAAUUCCUCUAUGAAC